AUGUCUUCACAACACACUGCUUCCAUGUCGUUAUGGCGAAGUGAUUCUUCUCCUAUCUUUGAACGCGUCUCAUGCAACUGAGUCAAAGGAUCUGUACAAACAAGCCAACGUUCUGAAGCAGCUUGGUAUUCGAGUGCGCGCGUAUCCCAGUGAAUUUGAGACACACUGGUAUAAUGGGAAAAUUGGGGAUAUCCGAGUGUCGGAUGAAAUCGCUGCAGACCUCGAAGUCGGACGACCAAAACAUGCUACGGCCAGGGCAUCUGCAAGCUGUCAGAGGAUCUGGUCACGACCUCUCCGCCUCGUCCUGUCUUCGCACAGGGCCAGUAUUUGCUCAAGCGAUGGAUAGAAAAGCGCGGAAGUGGCCAUUCCAAAUACAUGGUGGGCUUGUUUGACGCCGCUGCUCUCUCGUAUAACAAUCAAGCUUCGAGGGCAAGCAAUGCAACCGGGGCUGGGUCGGUUGUGCCUGAUCUGGACUACCGGGCAACUCCUGCAUCAUCGGCGUUUUCGUACGCCUCCCCGGCUGACUCCGAGACUGUGGAAGCCCUCGACUUGAGCGACCUCUCCCUCCUCCGUCACUGGGCCGUCUCCGUCAGCAUCACCAUCUGUCGUGUCCCAGAACACCUUGAUCUCUGGCAACGCGUCUUCCCUGAGAUUGGCUUUGACUACCCCUUUGUCAACCGUGCCAUCCUUAGCGUCGCCGCCCUUCACCUUGCAUCCCUGUGCCUCCCUGUCCGAGACUCACUGUGCGGAGCACGUCGCCCGUGCCACUCAGCAUCAUAAUGCCGGCCUGUCCGGCUUCCGGCGUUCCGUCGCCUCCAUCACCGCCGAGAAUAGUGAGGCGCUCUUUGUCUGGUCCCUUUUCAACAUGAUCUACGUCUUCGGCAUCUCUACACUUGGGUCCACCCGCCCCUCGUCAAGUAAGGACCUUGCCCUCGGCGUCGACUGGAUCCCCAUGAUCCAUGGCAUCACAGCAGUCCUGCACCGCACACAUGACUACAUUCGCCUUGGGCGCAUGGCUCCCCUCAUGAGCCUCGGCAACUGGGACGAUCUGGAUCCGGGGCCGCUCACAAUACAAGGGGUAGACGGCCAUUUCUGCUAA